GGCUUUUCCCCGGUCGUCUUCACCUGACUGCAGCUGGAAUGGCGUCGUCAUCGAGCGAAACGGCGCCUCCGUUUUACCCAGACAUCUAUGACGUCAACGACGACCUGCUGUCGGACGCCAGCAACCCGCCCCUGCUGCUGCGCCACGGGCCCCUGCUCAAGAUGCAGAAGGCCAUCCAUCGACUGCAGGUAGGUCACACAGCUGCCACACACACGACUUAUGACACACAGACAGACACCACACUGAUCAGUGAGUGUGAUGAAUAUGUCUGUCUGUUUCAGGAGCACCACGGAUUCCUCUUCAACAACUGCCUGGUGAACACAUUAUAAAUCUCGCGCAUCUAUGCGUGUGCGAAUUUCCAUCACCUUUGUUGUGCAGGUCAUCACCCACCCCUGUCAGCCGACCAACCGCUUCAAGUGGAAGCGGUCCGUCAGCUUCCGACACGCCGUGGUGAGGGACGUCCGCGAGGCCACGCAGGCCGUCAACGGCAUCGGACACGGCAUCGUCCUGCUCGAAAAUCUGGUGCUCUCAACAGACAACCGAAGGCAUGAUAGAAUGCCGUCUGUCUGUCUGUUUGUUUGUCUGUCUGUCUGCGUGUCUGUCUGUCCUAAGGAGGGCAUCACGCGGCAGUCUCUCUUGUGUUGGCGAUCUCAUCAGGAGAAGAAGGAGUGGCUGAGUGCUCUACGGCGCGCCCUGGCCACCUUCGCGCACCCCAACGACACCCCCGCUCCCGUCCCUCAAGCAGGGGAGCCCUCCCAGCGUCUCAAAGGCCCGCUGCCCCCCCGUCUGGACGACAUGACAGUGCUGGUGGCGCACGACCUGGUCAAGGACACGGUGCACGCCUUCGCAUUGGAGGUCCGUGUGCGCAGACACACCCACAGACAGACAGAGAACCAUUGGCUGUGUCUGUCCCCCCCUCCCUCGAUGCGCUUGUCAGAACAAGUGGAUACUGAUCCAGGAGUGGAUACAGCAUGCCGUCAACAGGCGAGGCGGGGCGGACAUCGGCGACCUCAACGACACUGACGAGUGGGGGUGGUCGGCCGCACACGUCGCUGCACGGGUCGGCGGUGAUGCUCAUUCUGUCCUACAACGUCACCGUGUGUGUGUUGUGGGCAUGCAGGUGGGCAGCCACGCGGCCAUGACAGUGCUGGUUGACGGCGGCGUGGACGUUGACGGUGUCAGUGCUCAAGGCGAGACCCCUCUCCUUGUCGCAUGUCGUGUUGGCAACGCGAAGAUCGUCCGUCUGCUGCUGCGCAACGGCGCCAACCCACGGGCUGUAAGUAUACAGUGCAUUUCACCGCGAGGGAGAAACGUGUGUCUUGGAUUGUUCUGCUUGUUCUUCAUUUUCAUCAGGUUGACAAGGGCGGGAGGAACGUCGUGUACCUGGCAGCAUCUCACCCCUCUGCCAAGGGUGAGCUCAGGGCACCACACCACACACUGAUUGCCCAAAUGGAAGGGGCUUGUGUGGUUUGGUGGCGGUGUGUGGUUGGUCAGUGGCGGGCACGACCCUCAAGGUCCUUCGGAUGAGCCACGUCAACCUCAACGGGUGCGUGUGCCGCCAACCACAAGACGCUUCGUCCACCCCACACCUCUCAGCGCUCCAUGUCGCCAUACUCAGUGAGCACAGAGGGGGGGGAGGAAGGGAGGGAGGGAGAUCUGUGAGAAAAUGUAUGUUAUGUGUGUUCAGAUCACGACGUCGAGAUGGUCGGCCGUCUGCUGUCAGUGGGCUGUGACGCCAACAUACAACUGGCCGACGGCUCCGGCAGGACAGCCGUCCACCUCGCUGUCCAGACAGACCACCAGUGAGAUGAACAAAUUACGGGUGCCACGGCGCUCGCGCGUGUGUGUACGUUGCUGCUUGGAUCAAUCAGGCUGCUGGUGCAGUCUGUGCUGGAGUUCGGCGGCCAGCCAAACCUCCGCGACGCCGAGGGCCUGUCCCCCCUCCACCACUGCCGAUCGCUCGAGUGCGUCAUCGUCUUGGUGGAAUACGGCGCCAGAGGGUGGGAGCAGCUCCCCAAUCAGGUGCUCACACCACACCACACCACACAACACACAAGACGCACAUUCAUCCUCGUGUGUGUGUGUGUGUGUGUGUCUGGGUUCUCGCCCGCCGUCAGAUACGGCAGCAGCUGGGCCUUCCCCUCGAGGAAAAGGACGGCGAGCCUCCGACCGAGGAGGCCGCUGCGGCCCUCGAGGCCGUCAGGAGUGCGCGGCAGAAGUAUCGGACUAAGAAAUAUGAAGACCACAGAGGCGAGCGGAUCUCACUGCCGUGGUGAGCACCCACAUACGAUGGGGUGGGUGGGGUGCAUGCGUCAGAUGAUCGGAUGGAGCGUGUGUGUGUGUAUGUGUAUGUGUGUGUGUGUGUGUGUGUGUGCAGGUGGGCGGUGACGUCAUCAGCUCGGUGGACGAACGACGCCGAUGUGGAUGGCUGUCAGGCGUGCGGAGUCACCUUCACCGUCCGCAUCAGACGACACCAUUGUACGUCAGUCACACCAACCAGUCCACGCCUCCCCUCUCCCCUCUCCCCUCUCUCAUGCCAUCUCUUGAUCAGGUCGUUCGUGCGGCCUGUGUGUCUGCGACGAGUGCUCGUCGAAGCGAGCCGUGGUGCCCCACCCCUGCAAAGAGCCCGACAGGAGAGCAUCCGGCUCACAGCAGCAGCAGUCGUCAUCCCCCGACGGCUCACCAACCGCAGCAGCUGGUGGCAGAGGCAGGGGGGCCGGCCGGGCCGACCCAAGCUAUGACCCAUUGGCAGGGUAUCAGACCUCCAUUGAGUCGAUGGACGCCGAUGCAGAGGUGGAGCGGCAGGAGGCAGAGCAAGACGACCAGGCACCGCAGCCGGACAGAAGGAGGAGCGUGUUGGCUGGUGAGGGGGAGAGACGGGAGAUCCUCAUCUCUCUGUCUGUGUGCCCACUGUGUGUCUGUGAAGGUCUGUUCACGGGCCGCAGGCAGAGCGCCAUGUCGCCUGUGAGUGUCACCGAGGCGGCGCCGGCGGCGUCGAUGGUCCCGCGGUCGAGGCUGCCGAUUGCCAAGGGUGCGUCGGGGUACCUGCGGACAUGCGACGCCUGCUUCAAUUUCCUCCAACACUUCGACGUCAGGCAUGCACCACACCCACAUGAGCGACCGAUCAAUCCGUUCCAUGUGAUGUGUUUAGGUGGAGGCUGCCGACGAGACACAGCUGUCGUCGGCCAACGAUGAGAACCAGGUGGGUGUCAGGACACCUACUACCCCACCCAGCCAUCUCGUGUCGCCCCUCUCAUUUCUGUCUGUCUGUCUGUCUGUCUGUCUGUCCAUGCGAUGCAGAUGGCAUCUGCCGACGACUGGGUGUUCCUAGACAACAGCCCCGCGUCACGCCAGCACCGCAACGAGCCGCCCCGAACACCCUCAGGCCGCUCGCUGGAGCCCCCGGCCGCCGCCAUGUCCAUACCCAUCCCCACACAAACACCCGGGUCAUCGCAACAGCGGCUGUCUGCCGAUGAAGACGAGAUCGCCUCCCUCGUCGGUGACGAUGACGAAGGCGGUCCCAACACAGACAGCCGGAGGGACAGUGGUGGGCUGGGGUCGGUCGCGAGGUCGUUCCUGGGUGCGAUGGGUCUGGGGGGUGGGGGGAAGGGGCGGACUCGGAUGAGUGUGGCUGAGGGGGCCGUGGCUGCGGCGGCGAGAGAGAAACAGCCCCGCCCCCAGCCGCCCCCGCGAGCCAACACCGCCCACACGCUCAAGUACCACCAGGUCAGUAAGCAGAUGAGAGCGUUGUUUUGUUGUUGGUUGUUGGCACGGCGUAUGGGUCCUCCUGCUGUGUGUUGGUGCUCCAUUCAUUCAGAAUGCGACUGAUGCGGCAAUGGAGUCGGCAGCCGCAGCAAGGGCAAAAGUGGCAGAGAGAGGUACUGAGGGGCGAACGAGGCCGUGUGCUGUCACGUCUGUGUGUGUGUGUUGGCCUGUGUGUGGCGUGUGGGGUGUAGGUGAGGCGUUGGUGUCACUGAAGGGGACGACCGAUCGGCUGGCUGACAAUGCCAAGCAAUACUAUGAGACGGCGAGGCAGCUCGCCGAGGCGCAGAGGGGAUGGGGCAGGGGACGAGGGAAGAGGUGAUAUUAUUGUGAUGGUGCAAGUAUCGUGGGUGUGUAUCGUUGCCGCGAUGCGCUGGUGCAAUGAACGCGACAGCUUGGUGUGUGUGCACUAGAUCGUUCAUGCCAGUAUGUCACAUAAUUGAGUAAUUGGUCAUGCAAUCGGGUCGCUGGAAAACACGCAG